UGCACAGCACCCACUGACUCCUCUCCACAGCACCCACAGCCACGGGACACGGACCACCGCCUCGUUCGCCGUUCGUUUCGUGAAUUAAACUCACCAGAACAGACCACUAUUUCAAAUUCAUUGCGCUGGACCCGGUUGGACAAAGACGCACCAGGCGGCUGCAUCAUUCCUCUGCAUCUGUUUCGCUCCUCUUACGCUGCUCUUUACGCUCCCAUCCCGAAGCUCCCGGUGACUGACCACUACUCAGCUGAGCGCGCAUUCUUGUACGGCUUGUUUUCCUGAUUGUUCCAAGAGCGCAGAGCUUUGGAGACAGUGUUCGGACUCUGGUUCGCGCUCCCGGGGAUCAGAGAAGGGGACCGAGCGUGGACUCUCACCCGGACUGGAAAUUAUUAAGCCCCCUCACAUCAGCGUGCCGCAUGGUGGGAAUUUCUACCUCCUUGCAGUAUCGCCCUGGGAAGCGCUCCACCAUGCCCGACUCUCCUGCGGACGUCAAAACACAAUCCAGGUUGACCCCUCCCACCAUGCCGCCUCCACCCAGCACACAGGGAGCACCCCGGAACAGCUCCUACACGCCAACUACACUAACCAAUGGAAGCAGCCACUCGCCCACAGCUCUGAAUGGUGCUCCCUCGCCCCCCAAUGGCUACAGUAACGGUCCAAGCUCCUCCUCUUCCUCCUCACUGGCCAAUCAGCAGCUGCCUCCAGCGUGUGGCGCCCGGCAGCUCAGCAAGCUGAAGCGCUUCCUCACCACCCUGCAGCAGUUUGGCAAUGACAUCUCACCCGAGAUAGGAGAGCGGGUGCGGACGCUAGUGCUAGGACUGGUGAAUUCCACGCUAACCAUUGAAGAAUUCCACUCCAAACUCCAAGAAGCCACCAACUUCCCUCUGCGACCGUUUGUCAUCCCCUUUCUGAAGGCCAACCUGCCACUGUUACAGAGGGAGUUGCUCCAUUGUGCACGCCUGGCCAAGCAGAACCCGGCCCAGUACCUGGCCCAGCACGAGCAGCUGCUGCUGGACACCAGCACCACAUCUCCUGUCGACUCCUCGGAGCUUCUGCUGGACGUCAACGAGAACGGCAAGAGGAGGACGCCUGACAGAAGUAAAGAGAAUGGUUUUGAGCGGGACAGCACCCUGCACCCAGACGUUCACCCCAGCAAAAGGCCGUGCACCAUUAGUCCGGCCCAGCGCUUUAGCCCCUCCAAUGGCCUGUCAUAUCAGCCCAAUGGCCUCCCCCACCCAGGGCCCCUCCCACCUCAGCACUACAGACUGGACGACAUGGCCAUCGCCCACCACUACCGGGACACGUACCGACACCCAGCCUCCAACCACAGGGAGAUCCGUGAGAGAGCCCGGCCCAUCGGGAUGCAUUCAGGCUCCAGGCAGGAGGAAGUGAUCGACCACAGGCUGACGGACCGAGAGUGGGCGGAGGAGUGGAAGCACCUUGACCAUGUAAGAAAACUGCUCAACUGCAUCAUGGACAUGGUGGAGAAGACGAGGCGUUCACUGACCGUCCUGCGCAGGUGUCAGGAGGCCGAUCGCGAGGAGCUCAACUACUGGAUCAGACGCUACAGUGACGCAGAGGAGCUCAAGAAGGGCGCCCCUAGUGGACAGUCCAGGCAGCAGAGUCCAGCAUCACAAGACAGCAACACAACAGAAAUCCUUUUGCAUCGGCCUGUGUCUGGUGGUUAUGUCCCUGAAGAAAUAUGGAAAAAAGCUGGUGCGGGUGGACUGACCUCUUCUGUGUCCUCCAUGUUUCCAGAGGAGGCGGUGAAUGAGGUGAAGAGACAGGCCAUGUCAGAGCUGCAGAAGGCUGUAUCUGAGGCAGAACGUAAAGCCCACGAGAUGAUCAGCAGCGAGAGAGCCAAGAUGGAGCGCACAGUCGCAGAGGCCAAGAGACAAGCCGCCGAAGACGCGUUGUCUAUCAUCAACCAGCAGGAGGACUCCAGUGAGAGUUGCUGGAACUGCGGGCGUAAGGCGAGUGAGACAUGCAGUGGUUGUAACACGGCGCGGUAUUGUGGCUCGUUCUGUCAGCACAAAGACUGGGAGAAGCACCACCAUGUGUGCGGACAGACCCUCCAGCAGCAGCAGGCACAGCAGCAGCAGGCUGGGGUCCCGGGCGCUGACACCCCAGCUCCCAUCAGCUCCUCCGCCUGCACCCCCAGCAGUGGGACAGGCAGCCCGGCCACCACCCCUCCAGCAGCCACCCCACGCUCCUCCACCCCCAGCACCCCAUCCUCCUCCGCCCUGGACGCCACACCGCGCUAACAGGCUAACAGCUAACAGAGCAGAAAGGCCCAGGGCAACACCACCAGCCCCUGUCCACACACAGCAUGACUGUCUAUAAAGCUCUGCAGGGAUGCUACGCUAAUGCGGCUAACAGACGGAGCCUGUCUAGUAGGCUACUAAAAGUAGGAUGAUGUCCAUAUUCAGGUCAUAUUGACUUACCAUUGACUCAAAACAAACAGAAGAUAUUCUUUGUUUUAAAUGAAUGAAUUAUUGUCGCUCUUUUAUUGUUACACUUGCUCUUGUUGUCUGUUGUACUCGUCGUUAACAUUAAUGUCAUUGUAGUUUAUCCUUCUUUCUUCUGUAAAUAUAAAGAGUUUAAACACAGACAGCCGACAUGUAUGUAUAUUGGAUCUACCCCUGUUUUAAGCAAUUUCUAUUUGCCAUUUCUAAGACUAUAUUAUUAGGUAUAUAUUCUACCUGCUGGACAUGGGAAGAGCCAACCUCAAGAAGCAAACCAAUGGACUAUUAGUGCUUAGCUGUAUACCAACAUUCUCUUAAGUAAAGUGCGAGUAUACCUACAGGAGGGGUGCCUGGAUAGAGGCUGGUCUGGCUCUGCGGCCCACAGACUGUCAUGGUGAGGCAGAUGUGCAGCAGAUUGCAGCCUGAGCCAGCUGUUAUUUCCUUCUCACUUGUAAUAAUAUCCAGGUCAGCGGGCUGGGAAAUACAAAUGCUCUCCCUGAAUGAUGUCAAAGGAAGGAUUCUUGGACAGGAGACAAACCUCUGCCCAGUGCACCUCUGAAGGACCAUGAACUCAGAAGGAAACAGGAAGUGAAGUCAUUGUCCCACCACUGAGCGUCUUAGACUGUGGGGUCACAGAGACAACAGAUGGUGGGACUGGACCAAACUCACAAACAGUGAACAUACAAACUUCAGCCUGGUCUCAUCUAACUCACUUUUCUGUCAGUGUUUCAGAUUAUGUCUUGUGGUGUCACCAAUGGUUAUUUAUUGUAGCCUAUAUGUUGGGCAGUUGUGACAAUGCAUAAUACUUUUUCUCUUUUCUCACAAUGCUUACUUUGACCUGUGCAAGAAAAGAUUCACAUUUUUAAAAUGAGUUUUUAAUGCAACCCAAGCGAUAGUGGUAGAUUUGUCAUAGGCUUUCCAUCAGACUUGGGGAGAGCUGUGUCUCAGAGCUGCUAAGUGAUCUUGUCUGAGAGAUAGCAUGUUGCGGGGGAAUGCUAAUUGUUUGUGUUGGGGCCAUCUCACGUAUUUGCACUGUCACAAAGACAUCAGCAUGCUUCUCCUCAGUUGUGUUGUAUUAAGCCAUAACUCAGUGUAGAUAAGUUCUGGGUCGAGAAGCUGGAUAAUGUACACGGCCCAACACUUAUCCAUAUUAUUUUCUGUACAUUACCAAGGUGUCCAUAUUUGUUAUAUUUGUUACAAACAGUGCAUGCACAUUACCAAUCAUUUGAUAAAUGUUUGUUAUUUUUUAGAAAAAAUAUCAGAAAACAACAAAAAAAUAACAAAAGAAAAAAAAAUACAACAAACAUGUUUUCCAAAUGCAGAGGUGUAGACUCCAAUUGACAGCUUUAACACUGCAAAGCACCAGGUACAGUUUUAUCAAACAAAAAACACCUGAACAAAGCACCAGGUACACACAGUUUUAUCAAACAAGAAACACCUGAACAGCCAAAGACUGACACCAAGGACCAAAAUCCAGAUUUCAACCAAGUCCAAAAGAGGUUUGUUCUCUCAAACAAGGCUAUUUAUUUGUAAUGUUUAAUGGCAUUUUAUUUGAAUCCUCUCUGUAGAGAGUGGCACUCGGCUGACACAGUGAAAAGAGAAAGUGCUUCUGCAGCAGUGCCCCAGAGCAAUAAUAACCAAAGGGGCAGUGGGGGUGCUCUCCAGCCCUGUAGAUGGAUUUCCUCAUCAGCACGUGCAGACCAGUGCCCAUUGCAGCUUUAAGCAGUUCUGUUUAUAUUCUAUUGGACACGAAUGUGUGUGCCGUCUGCAGUUACUGUAUAUUUAUUUAUGUCAGAGUAUGUCAUUUUCCCGUUGGGUGAAAAAGGGGGUUUUAUGUUGUAAACAUUGAAUAGGUGAAGCAAACCUCUGAAAGCAGCAGAAGACGCACUUAGGCCACACUGCACAGAGCACACAGCCAAACUCCUUGGUGCUACAAACGCGUUAUAAUUCUGACCUCAGAAGCAUGGAGGCCCGAAAGGUCCUGGUAGUUUGUCCUGGAACACUUCCUAUGACUCUGUUCUCUCCCAACUCCAAUGUCCAUCUGCAUUUAACUGAAGGGACAACCCAUCCAAAAAGGUGUGUGACACCCUAGGGACUCCUCAAAAGCUGUGAACAAACAGCCAAGCUGUUGUAACAGUGAAGUAAACAAUGAUUCAUGUGUGUACUCGUCAUAAUCAGGGGCAGACCUGAGCUAAAAGAGAAAAACUCUAAUGUACAUUGUCAGUAACUCUUCUGAAGCUCUACUUUUCAUUUCUUCCCUCCUCUUUGUGUGUUUUGCUACAAAUUCCUCGGUGGCAAACCAGCUCACUCUACCUCUACAGCCGAUAGAGCAUCAGUGGCAGCACUGAUCCUGGUUGAGUCGAAACCAAAUGGGCACAAGAGAACAGGAAAUAAACCCAAAGUUUAAGCUCAUACAGCUGCAAAACCAUAUCAUACUUGCAGACCUCAAGAAUAUGAAGCGUAAAUGAAUACGAAAUCAAUGAAAAGGAUUCACUUUUGUUAUGUUCCUUAAUGCCUAUGGCAUUUAUAGAGAUCAAUGAUGUUGUUAUAACAGAUUUUAAAAUUGUGCAAAAUUUAAGAGGUGUUUGUUGAUUCAUACUGCGAUGAUAGUAAAGACCACAAAUGUAGUUUCUCUGUUUUUUCUCCUGGUCCCCGCUCCUCUCUCCUCUCUGUUGUGAACUGAAAAGAGAGACAGUGAAGCUUGUACAAACCAGAGGUAUUUGAGGCAUGCUUUUUCACAACAGGGAUUGUAUGAUUUCAGUUUGGAAAAGUCUGGGGCCGCAGGUGAACUUCAAAAGGCCGUAGCAUUUGGGGAAAGUGAGUUGAUCUAGGGGUGGGAGGGGUUUUGCAUUCUGUUAAGAAUUUAUUGUGAAAAGCUCACAUAAUUUGAAGUUGUUGUGCAAUAUAUUGAGACGUGGAUCCACAGGUUAGUGGUAGGCUGACACCAGGCGGUCUGUCAUCGCCUUGUGUCAGUGUGCUCGAGAGCUUUCAGUCUACUAUGUCAGAACUGUGGUUUCCUGUUGACUUGAUUUCUUUUGUUUUGUUUUUUGUUUUUUUUUGGGCUGUAAACUAUGGUCUGUCAGUCUGUGAAAUUUUGCAGUAUAAUUCUGGUAUUGUUGUUCUCU